CACUGACUUUCUUAAUAAGUUUUUAUUGAAAGAAAGAACAACAUCGAUACGGACAGAAGUUCCCUGGAAGGAGCCCACCAAUUCAUUCCUUCUCAAGUAUUGAGUACAAACAUGUUUUAAUUUCACCCCUGUGUGUUACCCCACUCUCUCCAACAGCUUCAUUGUGCACUGUCAUAAUGUUCUUAUUGCCCUCUUUUUUCAAAAAUAAACAUGGUAUUGAAAGUGUGACGUAUUUUACUCCUCCUAAAACAGCGCACACGUCCUGUUCCUCUUUAGCUGUUAUUUCCUGUAGCCGUCUGAUAGAUGUCAGUGCGAUUCAAAAACAACAGUUUUUGUGCGUUAGCUUGUUGCUGAUCUAUCCACUGCAGUAUGGGCAGCGUGGUGGAGGCGCUGCUGUGGGCCUGGGUGUUCCUGGACUCAGGUGUGUCCUCAGGCUCACUGCCCGACAUCACUGAUGGGAAGUUCAUUGAAGAGUGUGUGAGGGAACACAACUGGGCGCGGUCCUCAGUCAGUCCAGCUGCAAGCAACAUGCUCUACAUGACAUGGGAUGAGGGCCUGGCCAUCACUGCCAGAGCAUGGGCAAGGAACUGUGUGUUUAAGCACAACAUCCACCUCGGUGAUGCCCGACGUGUGCACCCUACCUACCCCUCUGUAGGAGAAAACAUAUGGGCAGGCUACCCACCGUCAUCGUUUAACGUAACAAGUGCCAUACAAAGAUGGGUGAAUGAAAAGCUACACUAUGUCUACCAAAAGAACACCUGCACAAAAGUCUGCGGCCAUUACACACAGGUUGUGUGGGCAACUAGCUACAAGGUCGGUUGUGCUGUGCAGCGGUGCCCAAAAGGAGUCACUCACUUUAGCAAUAAAGACGGGGCUGUUUUUGUGUGCAACUACGCCAUAUCUGGUAAUAUGAGAGGAAGCUGGCCAUAUGAGUCUAAAGGAACAGCCUGCUCAGGAUGUGAAGGCACAUGUGAGGGAGGUCUCUGCCGUAGCCCUGAACGAGAUUCACAGAAAAGGUACAACUGGAGCCCAGACUGGGAUCCUGCUAUGACAAACAGUGACUCUGGCUAUGGAGUCAUUCUGAUCGUCAGACCCAUUGCCCUCAUCAUCACCUUCAUCGCUGCGUUUGUAGUCCGCUAUUUUUACCCUGAUGUCUUCUGCUACGAAUAAAGCUGCCGU